AUUUUAUUGUCAAAACUCAAAUGCUUGUUUACAAUUUUCAUUUAAUGAAAGAUAAAUAUUUAAUUUGGGAACAUUUAUUUAUGGAAAUGUCGAUUUAUCAGCAUAUUCAUGAGUAGACGUUAGUAUUGCAAAUAAAAAUACUCAGGGAAAGUUGUAGAUUAACGAGAUAAUUCGAUUCAUUUAAUCGAUAUGAGUUGACCUGCUUUGCUUGUCAAUAGUACUUGUGAAAUCGCGUUGGCGAAUACCUAAAAGUCACAUUAAUCGAUAGUUCUAUGCAUUCUAUGGAAAGGUAUAAACAAAAUGGGUCUCGAACAUGAAACAGUGAGACGCUUAAGAUUAUUCAGUUAUUACAAGUGAGCCAAGAAAAUAAAAGAAUGUCGAAGAACAUUCGCGAACGAUGCGCUUUUUACUACUUGAAGAUUUUCGGUCUGACCGGCAACAUUGAUUUCAAAAAUUCAAAAAAGAUUGGCUGCCUUCAUUAUUACUCUACGAAGCUGCCGCUAUUCAGCGCAGUUUAUAGCGUUGUUUUCGUGUCGAUUCUGAUAUCAUCACAAUGCAAUUCGGUUUACGAAAUGUCGCUCAUACACGGAUACAAGUUCAAAAUAGUGGUGGACGUUUUCAUACACUUACUCAUCAGUCUAGCUUAUGUGGAUUUUUUCACGACAUUUUACAGGAAGCACGAAGCCAUUCAAGAGGUCCUAAAGCAGAUGAACGCCGUCAGAAUUUUGACGGGCAGUAUCGAAAAGAACAGGGACAAAAAGUCGUCGAAUUCGAUGGACGCGAUCGUUGUUCUGUACUCGAUAACAUUCGUCCUGAUCUUGAGCAAGGUGGUUAUGCACGUGACAUUUUGCCUGUACCAGAGCAGUUGGGACUUUGACGAUUUCGGCGACCACAUGCUGGACCUGUUGAUGCACGGCAUGACUAUGCAUUACAUCACCACUAUUGGCGUUUGUCACGCUGCAUUCAAAGCCAUCAAUCGUAGCUUACUUUCUCUACUGAAGCGCUUCAAUUUGCUUUUCAGUCGAAAAAUCGUACUUUCGAAGGAAAAACCCAGCCUGAUCUACAACAUUAUGGACCAGCAGCAGCCGCGAGAUAUCUCGAUCUAUCGCAAUUACAAUAAUGCCCGCUUCAACGAGCAGGUGACGAAAUUGAAGACGUAUUACGCCGUCGUGGUCAAGCUGGCCCGAAAUCUCUCGAGUUUGUACCAGACGGUCUUGUUUCUCUGCGUGUUCCGCUACUUCAUAACCAUAAUCAGCAGCUCCUACACAUUGGCCGAGAUCGUCGUCUGCAAUAGCUGCCCGUUGACGCCGAUACUCGACAUAUGCAAGCACUUGUUCAACAUCAUUUUCCACCUAGUUUCGUUGGUCAUGCUGACGGGCUUGGCUACUGUCACCUUGAACGAGAGCAAUCGUACCGGCAAAAUCAUAAGCGAAAGUAUAAUAGUUAAUGAUUACGAUGAACCGACGGAACAACAACUGUGCCAUAUACUCGAUUAUCUGACCUGCAACGAUAUACACUUUUCUGUUCACGGAUAUUACGACAUAAACGACGAUUUAGUCGUUCCAGUGUUCCGUCACGGGGAGCGUACCUUCCAGCGCGACGAGGCCAAAUUCAUCAGCGACCGAAGUAGCAAUUUGCAAGAGCCAUGGGGAUUCGCUCAAUUAACAAACGAAGGGAAAAAAGACGAGUACAAGAUCGGCACGCUGUUGCGCGAGCGUUACAACAGCUUCCUCGGUGAUUAUCACCCGUCGCUGGUCUACGGCAUUUCCACGAAUUUCGAUCGCACGAAAAACUCGCUGCAGCUCGCUCUCUCCGGACUUUACCCGCCCUCGACGAAGCUCCGAUGGAACAGAGAGCUCGCUUGGAAUCCCAUACCCAUCAACUCGGUGCCGGAUAAGUUCGACUCGCUCUUCCGACUGGAUUCUUGUCCUGCGUACACGGAGGAGUAUAAUAGACUUAUGAACUCGACCGAAAUGCAGAGCCGUUUAUCGAAGGAUCGAGCGCUCUUCAGACUGCUAAACAGUUUCUAUCCCGAUGUAGAUUUUUCAUUGAAAGAGAUAUUUUUACUCAACAAUUAUCUCAACAUACAAAAAAGCCUGAAUGGACCAAUGCCGUUCUGGUAUUCGCAGAAAAUACAUGAUAAGAUCCAUGAAAUGGUGAUACUUUACCUCGAAUCACUGUCUGAGACGGACAAGUUGAAACGCAUGAACGGCGGGCCCCUGACGAAGCGCAUGUACGACAAUAUGCUUAUUGAUGCUAGCCAGAGGCCGACGCGCAAAAUUUACCUCUACAGCGCGCACGAGUUCAACGUUUACGCAGUUGCCAAGGCGCUCGGGCUAGAGCUUGGAGACAAGCCCGAAUACGGCUCCGCAUUGAUUAUUGAAAAGAUUCGAGAUGACUUCGAUGGCCAAGUUUAUGUUCGAAUGCUGUAUUACGUGGGAAGACAGGAAGAAAUAAAGAUAUUAAUGCAAGAAAAAAAAGGCAAAGAGGUAAAGAGGAAACCGUUGGAUUAUGUGAAAUUAAAAGACUGCGAUUACUUUUGCCCGAUUGAGAAGUUCUAUAGAAUAGUUGGAUCCUCGUUCCCAACGAAAGAAGAGAGCCUUUGCAUGUUCAAGAAUCUGUCACCAACCGACAUUGAGAAUAUCAUCUUUAAAAGCGAUAAAAUAAUACAAGAUUGAAGAAUGAAUUCAAGAUUCGGGCAAUCGAAAAUCUCCAAGAUUUUUUCAGAAAGUUGCCGAUUUGUUCUUGCUGAGCGAGAUGCGUAAUAUAAUGUACAGUAGAUAGCCAUAGGACAAUUAGAAAAGUAUUAUUUUUCACUUGAAUUUUUAUACUUACACCGUGUACAGUAAAUUUCGUCUCUCUUUUCAUCAAAAUGUCGUUUCGUGCCACGAGAGAUGACGAGUAGUUUAUGACUACAAUUGAUCCAACGGGGGCGAUACGCAAAAGAGUAUUAUUAAAUCAAAGAACAAUGUAUCUCGUGCAGUGGCCACGGGAUUAUUUCUAGUUGCAGACGCGCUGGUGCAUGCCUUUAUGAACAAAUCGAUAAUGACGAAUAUAUAGUAUGUAAAUAAGCAAUCAUAUACCCUCUCCAAUCAAAAUAAAUAUGUUUAUCAAAAAGUAUAGCGAGAAAUUCAAAACAUUUCAUGAAAAUAUGACACAAAUCCAAGCAUCAAUUAUCGACAAUUUUUUAUUAAUAAAAA